GGCAUUUUUGUAAACAUUGCACCUCUAAUCUAAUCGCGCAUGUUUACAUAACACUUUUACUUUCGAAAAUUGGCACACGUUUUUUGGCCAAACUCCAUUGCCGUACAGACUCGCCUGUUCGCUGUUUCCCCCGGCGCAGACGCACCAAGAAAGCCAGCAGCAUGCUGUCCAAAGCGCGGAGCCUUCUCUCCCUCACACGUGUCCACCAUGGAUCGGUGGCGAACGUUCUCGGGGUUCGGUCGGUGCACAUUUCCGAAGCCAAUGUACUGCCGACGGAGGUGAAUCGCCAGUCAGCAGAAUUUAAGGAAAACUAUGGGCAAAUGAACGAGCUGGUCGUUAACCUGAAGCGUGUCACGCAGGAGGUGCUUGCCGGCGGUGGACCGGAAGCGAUCAAGCGGCACACGUCCAAAGGGAAGCUGUUGGCGCGCGAUCGCAUCAACCGACUGGUCGAUCCGGGCUCGCCGUUCCUCGAGCUGUCGACGCUGGCCGCCCACGACAUGUACGGCAAGGAUGUGGUCAACUCGGCCGGCAUCGUAACCGGCAUCGGCCGGGUGCAGGGCGUGGAGUGUGUGAUCGUCGCCAACGAUGCGACCGUCAAGGGCGGUACGUACUACCCGAUCACGGUGAAGAAGCAUCUGCGUGCGCAGGAGAUCGCGCAGGAGAACAAUCUGCCGUGCAUCUAUCUGGUCGAUUCCGGCGGUGCCAACUUGCCCCGCCAGGCCGACGUGUUCCCGGACAAGAUGCACUUUGGCAGGAUUUUCUACAACCAGGCAAACAUGUCCGCCCGCGGCAUUCCGCAGAUUGCCGUCGUCAUGGGCAGCUGUACGGCCGGCGGCGCUUACGUGCCGGCGAUGGCCGACGAAAGCAUCAUCGUGAAGCGGCAGGGCACAAUCUUCCUGGCCGGACCGCCACUAGUGAAGGCCGCAACCGGCGAGGUAGUAUCGGCGGAAGAUCUUGGCGGUGCGGAUCUGCACUGCCGCACGUCCGGCGUGACCGAUCAUUACGCGGUGGACGACGAGCACGCACUGUACCUGGCGCGCCAGGUCGUGCAGAACCUGAACCGCCCCGGCAGUGCGAGCUACAACGAGCUGGCCGGUAGCAGCACGGCCACGAUGAUGGCACGGGAAGGGCUAACGUUCGGCACGGACCCGGAACCGCCGCAGUAUCCGGCCACCGAUCUGUACGGCAUCGUCGGCUCGAACCUGACCAAAACGUUCGACGUGCGCGAGGUGAUUGCGCGCAUCGUGGACGGCAGCCGGUUUACCGAGUUUAAAAAGUUUUACGGCGAAACGAUCGUGUGCGGGUACGCCCGGCUGUACGGCCAGCUGGUCGGCAUCGUGGGCAACAAUGGGGUGCUGUUCUCCGAAAGUGCCCUCAAGGGGGCGCACUUCAUUCAGCUGUGCGCCCAGAAGCGCAUCCCGCUGCUCUUCCUGCAGAACAUUACCGGGUUCAUGGUGGGCCGGGACGCGGAAGCGGGCGGUAUCGCGAAGAACGGUGCCAAGAUGGUGACGGCGGUCGCGUGUGCCAACGUGCCGAAGCUGACGCUCAUCAUCGGCGGGUCGUACGGGGCGGGCAAUUACGGCAUGUGCGGUCGGGCGUACUCGCCCCGCUUCCUCUACAUGUGGCCGAACAGUCGCAUCUCGGUGAUGGGCGGCUCGCAGGCGGCCGGUGUGCUGGCCCAAAUCACCGAGGAGCAGUACCGCCGGACCGGGCGCGAAUGGACGGAGGAGAUUGGCAAUCGCAUCAAGGCGCCGAUCGUGCAGCAGUUCGAGGCGGAAGGAUCACCGUACUACAGUACGGCCCGGCUGUGGGACGAUGGCAUCAUCGAUCCGGUCGAUACGCGCCGCGUGCUGGGGCUUAGCUUGCAGGCGGCCCUGAACCAGCCGGUCGGCGAGACUCGCUUCGGUGUGUUCCGCAUGUAGAGGAAGCAAAGAGAUAGGCAGUGAUCCACACAGCGAAAGCUUCAAACAUUGGACACGAAAACCAGGUGUUGCAUUUAUCUAGCUCGUAAGCGUGAGUAACAGUAACAGACUUGGCCAGCGAUUGGCUACACAGACGAAUAACGUACGAAAUUUGUACCGACACACAGAAACGAUACAUUGCAUCUAAUGCAUUCCAUGCGUCUUCCAGUAGCGCAACAACAGAGUAGCACCAAGUGCGGGCAAAUGGUUUGAUAAGAAUAUUAUUUUGAAAAAUGUGCCUUUAUCUGCCAUAAAAUAUAUACAUUGCAAAUAUA